CCUGCGGGUACUUAAGAAAGUAUUCACUAGGAGAGGAUAAAUAUAAGAGUAUUUAUCAACGCAUUGCAAGCAGUGACAAACAAUGCUUGCUUAUUUGUGAUAAUACCUGAUAAUGCUGCUGGUAAAAUGCCACCAAUGGUCAUAAUUAAUAAUGAUAUAACGAACAAGAUGGAACUAUCAAGUGUGUGUCGAUGUUGUUUAUCCCAGGGCUUGGUCAAGAACUUGUAUUCUAGCUAUGUGUGGAUGGACACCACAGAAGUUUAUUCUGAUAUGCUGCAGGGCUGCUUCAAUGUCGUUCUAACCAAGUUGGAGAACGGCAACAUUUGCGAGGAGUGUAUCAAGCAACUGCGGAGUGCGAUGCGCUUCAAGGAGCAGGUGAUGGUCUCCGAGCGAGAGCUGCUCAAGCAGAUACAGCUGUGUGUAGAAAUUGAAGAGAAGCCCUUUGAAUUGAAGCUGGAGCCCAAGUACGAGAGUGAUAAUGACAAUGACUCCGAUAACUACUUCUUGGCAGAUACAGGCAGACAAGACGCUCACGUGACAGCGGUGAAGCCCGAAGCCCGGGAGGUUAGAAAGAAGGCCGAGGCGCAGAAGAGGCCGGCCAAGAGCGAAGGAGAUAGGGCCAGGAAGAUCAGAUCUCUUGUCAACAGGCUCGCCACCUCCAUGAAUUCCUGUGAACUCCCAGACAUAACCACUCUAAAGAAGAAAGAAAUAACCCAGAUCGCUAAAACUGGGCGCAAGCCUGCCCUACCAGAACCCCUCGGCAGGUUAGACCUUGCCUGGCCUUCACGGGAGAAAAACGACAAGAAAAAACACAGAGCAAACCUACAAACUAUACUUACUUACUCCAACGCUACACCUUUCAAGAAUAAGUCGCUUUUAGGCUUCCUAUGUGGGUAUUGCGAUGAAAAAUUCCCCGACCCAGCUGACUUAAGAAUCCACACAGAAAAAGAACAUCAAAAAGAACGUUUAGACUUCCAAUCUACAUUCGAUAUGACCGAGUACAACGUUAAAUUAGACGUAGGAGACCUAAAUUGUACUUUAUGCGAUGAAAAAAUUGACAAUUUAAACGUUCUGAAGACCCAUUUGAUUCAGGUGCACAAUAAAACUAUUUAUAACGAUAUUAAAGAUCAUAUAAUACAGUUUAAGCUUAAGAAAGGUGAUGUGUACGAUUGUGCGUUAUGUUCGUCCACUUAUGAGACAUUUAAGAUGUUAAAACAGCAUAUGAAUAAGCACUACCCUAAUUAUUCAUGUAAGAAAUGUGAUUCUUCGUUCGCUACUAAGCGAUCAUUGCAUUCUCAUCGCACAACUCAUGUCGAAGGCAGUCAUAAGUGCCCACACUGUGACAAAGUGUUUGCUAGCAAGUCCAAACAGCACUACCAUGUGAAAAUGAAGCAUCUAGGCUCAAGAAACAUCUCAAACUGCCCGUUCUGUAACGAACCUUUCCGGAGUUACUACCAGCGGAAUCAACAUUUGGUGAAAGUUCACAACUCCGAAGCGAAAUACAAAUGUAAUGUGUGCGAUAAAGCUUAUAUACUUAAAAGUUUACUUAUGUAUCAUAUUAAAAAAACUCAUCUGAUGGAACGGAAUUGCCAAUGUACGGAAUGUGGGUAUAAGUUCUUUAGUAAGAAAGCGCUCACUGCUCAUAUGGUGAAACACACCGGAGAAAGGAAGUAUUCGUGUGAAGUUUGCCACAAGUCUUAUGCAAGGAAGUAUACGCUGCGAGAGCAUAUGAGGAUACAUAACAAUGAUAGACGGUUCAAGUGUGAUGUGUGUGCGAUGACUUUUGUGCAGAAGUGUAGCUUGAAGAGCCAUCUGUUGUCGAAUCACGGUAUUAGUAUGGCUGCUUGCGAUAUUCCUUCUAUCGAAUAACUUAACCGCUGUCACACCUCGGACACUAGCGAUUAAAUGUAUGAAAGGGGCGCGUUCAUAGCACACAUUCUAAGCUCGUGUAGGUGAACGCGUACUAUGCUUGUAUGAGUCGGAUAUGACAGGUUGACAGUUCGCGUUUUUGACAGGCGGUAACUUUGAGGUAACCGAGAGGCGGUGAGCGUCACUUUCAGCGGGGAGCGGGAGUGGCCAUACUGUACGAUAGCACUCUUUAUUAAAUACUGUGCCGCUGUAGUCCGAUAAGACAUAGAAAAACCAGCUCAUUUUGCAUCUAACUUCGUACCAGUGGCAUGGCGGUCUGUACUUGUCUUCCUCUUCCACUCUCCUUUAUCUUUCAUCUUUAUUUGUCAUACUCCCCCCCUCUUUCACACAAAAAUCCAUCAAUGUUUGGCGUCUUCAUGAACGUUGGCUAUAACCACAGAAUAUAUAGUAGUACAAGUACAGAAGGCUCACUGCUUUGAUGUUCACAAAAUGCCGCCUUUCAUAAUUCUUUCCUACAUUACGACGGACCGCACGCGACCAGCCGACAUUGAGUUCUAUUGCGCCGCGCGAAGGUCAUCAUCAUCCUCCUUCCGUUAUCCCGGCAUUUGCCACGGCUCAUGGGAGCCUGGGGUCCGCUUUUGACAACUAAUCCCAAGACUU